UCGUCCUUUGCAAAAAGCUUAAACACACCAGAGAAUGAUAAAACAAGCAGACACAAAAGGAGAGAAUCAUUCCUUACUUGAGCUUGCAAGACUGUUUAGAGCUUUUGUCCACUCUCUUGAUCCUUGUUUUUUCAUUACAUCCUCAAAGCUUAAUUAUGAUGCACUCAACUGUUCAAACUAGUUUCCGUAUCUGGGCUUCAAGGUACUUAUUACAUUGAAGAAACAAAAUGGUUGCUUGACGUGGAGAAUCAUUUAUUUAUUUUUAAUUUGAUUGCAAGCUUGGUUAGUUACCAUGGAUGUGUCUUUGAAUAUUGCUGGUGGUGUUUGUGCCACUAGAGUAUUUUUGAUGAUGAAAAGAGUGUUGCUGCUGCUGCUGUUGAUUACUGGUAUUUGUGUGCCCAUGGAAUUUGUUUUUGGUCAGGCAGUUGCAAAUGGAAAUGGAACUAGUGUUUCUUCUUCUUCUUCUCCAAGACCGAGUGUUGCAAAUAUAGGAAGUUUGUUUACCUUCGAUUCAGUGAUAGGGAGAGCAGCUGGGCCAGCUAUUGCUGCUGCUGUUGACGACGUCAAUUCUGAUCCAACCGUUCUUCCCGGGACUAGAUUGAACCUUAUUUCUCACAACACUAAUUGCAGUGGAUUUCUUGGAACUGUCGAAGCUUUGCAGCUGAUGGAAAACAGUGUUUUUGCUGUGAUUGGCCCCCAAUCUUCUGGAAUAGCUCAUAUAAUAUCUCAUGUUGUCAACGAACUUCAUGUUCCACUUUUAUCAUUUGCAGCAACAGAUCCUACCCUUUCAGCAUUACAGUACCCAUAUUUCCUCCGCACUACACAGAAUGACUAUUUCCAGAUGUAUGCAAUUGCUGAUCUGGUUACGUAUUAUAGAUGGCGAGAGGUAAUUGCCAUUUUUGUGGAUGAUGAUUGUGGCAGGAAUGGGAUAUCUAUAUUGGGUGAUGCCCUGGCAAAAAAGCGUGCCAAGAUCACUUACAAGGCUGCCUUGACCCCUGGAGCGCCCAGAAGUCAGGUCUCUGACUUGUUGCUUGAAGUUAACCAGAUGGAAUCUCGGGUUUAUGUUGUACAUGUAAAUCCAGAUUCCGGUUUGUCAAUUUUUUCUGUAGCUAAAAGUCUUCAUAUGAUGACCAAAGGCUACGUUUGGAUUGCUACAGAUUGGCUCCCUUCGGUUUUAGAUUCAUUAGAACCAGAUGACACUGACACAAUGAAUCUCUUACAAGGGGUUGUUUCUCUUCGCCAUCACAAUCCAGAAACUGAUCUCAAACGAAGUUUUAUGUCUAGAUGGAGCAACCUAAACCACAAGAAGAGCAUCGGUGCUUCUGGGUUCAAUUCUUAUGCACUUUAUGCUUAUGAUACAGUAUGGUUAGCUGCCCGAGCUCUUGAUGUUUUUCUCAAUGAAGGUGGAAAUCUAUCACACUCUACUGAUCCAAAGUUGAGCGACACAAAAGGAAGCGCAAUGAACUUGGCAUCACUGCGUGUUUUUGAUGGAGGCCAGCAGUUUCUCCAGACACUUCUCAGGAUGAACUUCAGUGGUCCAAGUGGUCAAAUUCAAUUUGAUUUGGAUAAGAACUUGGUUCGUCCAGCAUAUGAUGUUCUUAACAUUGGUGGGACAGGGUCUAGAAGGAUUGGUUAUUGGUCAAAUUACUCUGGUCUUUCAACAAUUUCUCCAGAGGUCUUGUAUACAAAGCCUCGGAAUAAUUCUUCCAGUAAUCAACAUCUUUCCAGUGUAAUAUGGCCUGGUGAAACUUCGCUUGUACCUCGAGGAUGGGUAUUCCCUGAAAAUGGUAAGCCACUGCGAAUUGCUGUGCCUAAUCGCAUAAGUUAUCAACAAUUUGUCGCUAAAGACAAAAACCCCCCAGGGGUUAGGGGAUACUGCAUUGAUGUCUUCGAAGCUGCAAUAAACUUGCUGUCAUAUCCUGUCCCACGCACAUAUAUGCUACAUGGAGAUGGCAAGCGAAAUCCAGAGUACAAUGGGAUUGUCCAAGCGGUUGCUCAAGAUCGUUAUGAUGCAGCUGUUGGAGAUGUUACUAUAGUCACAAAUAGGACAAAGAUUGUAGAUUUUACGCAGCCUUUUAUGGAAUCAGGGCUGGUUGUAGUUGCUCCAGUCAAGGAACAAAAGUCUAGCCCUUGGGCGUUCCUCAAGCCAUUUACUAUCCAAAUGUGGCUCGUCACAGGUGCUUUCUUUCUUUUCGUGGGAGCUGUCGUCUGGAUUCUUGAGCACCGAAUGAAUCAUGAAUUCAGGGGUCCUCCUAGUCAGCAAAUUAUGACAAUAUUCUGGUUCAGUUUCUCAACAAUGUUUUUUUCACACAGAGAGAACACAGUGAGCACCUUGGGACGUUUUGUGCUGAUCAUAUGGCUAUUUGUAGUGUUGAUUAUCAAUUCAAGCUACACAGCUAGUUUGACAUCAAUCCUCACAGUGCAGCAGUUAACAUCACGGAUCGAAGGGAUUGACAGCUUGGUCUCAAGUAAUGAACCGAUUGGAAUUCAAGAUGGGUCAUUUGCAAGGAACUACCUGAUGGACGAGCUCAACAUAGCAGGAUCUAGACUCGUAAUAUUGAAAAGCCAGCAGGAAUACAGUACUGCCCUUCAACUUGGACCAAAAAAUGGUGGCGUGGCUGCAAUUGUUGAUGAGCUUCCUUAUAUUGAGCUCUUCCUGUCUUCCACCAAUUGUAAAUUUAGGACCGUGGGCCAAGAGUUCACAAAAAGUGGAUGGGGAUUUGCGUUUCAAAGGGACUCUCCUCUAGCUGUUGACUUGUCAACUGCCAUUCUUCAACUAUCAGAAAAUGGUGAUCUCCAAAAAAUCCACAACAAAUGGCUGACACAUGGAGAUUGCAUGGAGCAAAUCAAUGAAAUCGAUGACAGCCGUCUCUCCCUGACGAGUUUCUGGGGUCUGUUUCUUAUUUGCGGCAUUUCAUGCUUCAUUGCUCUUACCACAUUCUGCUGUAAGGUCAUUUUCCAGUUCCGUAGAUUUACUCCAGAAGGUGGUGAGGAGGCAGAGGUUGAUGAGAUUCAGCCAGGAAGGCCUAGACGCUCCUUACACUCAACUAGCUUCAAGGAUUUGAUUGAUUUUGUAGACAGGAAAGAGGCAGAGAUUAAGGAGAUGCUUAAACGGAAGAGUAGUACUGAUAUCAAGCGACAAGCUAGCCCGAGCUCAGAUGUGCACGCCAAUUCACCAGCUUAGAGGGACGGGGGGGGGGGGGGGGGGGUGACUCCUGCUGAAGUUUCUUAGCACUCCCUCUAUCGCAAAACAAUAAAAUCAACAGUGUCGGAAAUACUGAUUUUUCCCAUCCUUUCCUGUGAUACAAAAAUGUUAGGCAGCUAGAACUGGUUAAGAGAUAGAUUGUUUUGUAACACACAAGGAUGUUAUGUAUUCUAUACAAAUACACACACCCAAGGAAUUGAACUUCUGAUCAGCUUUAACA